AUGGCCAGCGAGGGCUUUCCAGAACCGAGGGCCUCCCCAGUACCAGCUGCUGUCGCACCAGCACCCCCGAAGAUCAGCGAGCCUCCCCAGCCAAUUCACAAUGUGUUAAACACUUGUCAGACGGACAGUGAGCCUGUCACAGCGGAGACAAAACAGGUGGGUGCCGGGAUCGAACUUCCAGAAGCUCCCAAGCCGGUGCAGAGCAUUUCCGGUGCAGCUUCGGAGCCCGAAGUUCCGGUUGUAGCUCAGCCGGGUCCAGAGCCGACACGGCAAAUCCCACAGUCCGUUACAGAGGCCCCCAAUCCAGUCCAGGAACCCUCUACUCCCGUGGAGGAAGCCGCGAAGCCAGCCGCGCAAGAGCCACAAGUUGGUGAGAAGCGCGACCUUGAUUCUAUUGCGACUCAGGCCCCUGAUCAAGCAAAACCACUCGCACCUGAGCCUGCUGCUGAGAAGGUCAAGGAGCCUGAGAGCAAGAAGCAGAAGACGGAGCAGGAACCCGCCCAGGACACCAAUGGUACUACAUCUGCUACUCCCGCUGCACCUGCUCAGCCAAGCACAACUACAGCACCUGCAGUUGAAUCCCACGAGGAACCUAAGAAGGCUGGUCGCUCCAAGAAGGAGAAGAUCAAGGACGCCGUGAAGAAGAUCAUCUCGACCGAUGGACCUGGAAGCCGCACUCGUAGCCGCACCAAGGAUUCCUAA